AACAAGCUUGUGAGACAAAUCACCCACGAAAGCAUUGGCAAGGCAACCGUAAACAUGUUGCAGAUUCAAUUACGUCAUCAGCAGAGUCUUGUGAUUGGUUCGUUUGCUCUACAUGGGUGUCUUUUGUCAGACGGACGUAACCUUUUACGUGCUUGUCCCUGCAAUGUUACUGCUUCCAUUUAUGACGCAGCUGUACUGGCAUUUUCCCUGAAAUGUCACAAGGUCUUGAGGUGGGAAAUUGGCAGUACAGAUUUCCCAGAAUAUUGAUCCCUGCUCCCAUUCACACAUGAUCCCAUGCAGGAAAUGUUCCUGAACGUUUCAGGGAUAGACUGCAUGUGUGAAAGGGGCCUGUGUAAAGGAUCCGGGAUGGUUUUUCCAGGUAAAUCCAAAGGAUAUGAUGUUUAUGUGUACUCCCAAGUGCUACAGCGCCAGCAGGGUACAACACUAGCUAACGUUAGCUUAGAAAUCCGUCCGCUAAUGUCCAACCACGAGCUGGCUUUCUUCCUAUUGAACGGGCGGCAGCAGUGUGAUGAGACAGCCUCCUGCAGCUGUCAGAGGUUUUUGUACGAGUGUAUUUCACUGUGUUGGGGUGGACUACACAGUGACUGAACAUCCACACAGAGCUGAACAAAAACCUCCAGCCUGCUCUCCUCAGUCUGUUUAGAGUCAGAAAAAGAUCCAGAAUCAACACACAGACCGACGACAGACUCAGUGUUUCAGCUCGCUGUGUGUUGAUGUGAAGCUGAUUUAUAAAACUUUGAGCUGCUUUUGGAGUGAUUGACAGCUCAGAGGUUUUUGUAUGGGGAUGUAACACUGUGAUGCUUUACUCUUUGGGAAGAAUAUCACACUCACCGUCAAUCCUAAAGAUGAUUCGCCAGUCUUGCCGAAUCUGUUUGCCCUGAACCCUCUGAUGCCGGAGGGCGGGUGGGGGUCGUCGCCGCUGCCGCCGGACGUCUGCCUGGCUACUGGCUUCUAUCCGAAGACAGCUGAAAUGGUCCUGAAUGUGAAGAACGAGCCGGCAGUCAAGCUGGACACCAGCAAGGCCGUCAUGUCCAAAAACCAGAAAGGCUACUUCUUCGCUGGAUUCACCAACAAGACGCUUCUCUCCUGUGAGAUGAAAGGCAAGACCAGCACCAUCGGCUCAUCCAGCAACAAAACCUCACCCGCCGACAAAAGCUCACCCGCCAACAACACCUCAUCCAGCAACAAUGACACGUCCAUCUACCACCAGUCCACCAACAAUUGCAACCUGGAUCUCUGCAAGGACGUUCAUCCAGAAAAAGCCAGGCUGAACUUCUUCCUGCUGGUGAUGAACGGAGUCCGAGUGAUCUUCACCAAGACUGUGGCCUUCAGCACCCUCCUCACCAUCAGAGCCAUGAUCUUCUAACAGCGAGUUCAGCUCAGCUUCGUCUCCGCCAGACGACUCGUCGUACCGCCAUGUUUGGGAGGGACAGAUCAGCUGAAGCAGUGAAAUCAGGAUCCAAUAAGACUGAUUGAUUGAUUGAUUGAUUGUUCUCAGUAUCAUGUUUAUGGUUCUAAACACAGUUAUUCAUCUGUCAUCCAAUAUUUUAUUUUUUUUACAUUCUGACAGAAUUGACCUACGGUGGCCUCUAAGGACAAAAUACAUACAAGAGCCACAAACAUUGAAAAAAUGUAUCAAACUUUUAGCAUUUUGUUCAGUUCACUUCUCUUGAUGCUGGAAAAAUUAGUUUUAAAUUCAGAAAUGCAACAAAUACGAGGAAACAUACAAAACUGAAAACAUUAAGAAAAAUAUGUUUCAGAUUCAAAAACUGCAACAAAUACUAAAACAUAAAGUCACCGUGGAAACCAAAGCUGCCUUCACCUCGUUCUUCACAAACCUGUAAAUAAAACCUGUUUAAUUCAAGUAAAUACACAACAUUAUCAUAAAUCUCAUUUUACUGUUACUGAAGUCAUUUUUAAAAAGUCUAUCUGAGAUGAUCUGCUGAGUUUAAUCUCCUUAUAUUUUCUUAUGAAGCGACUUUCUUUAACUUUAUGCUAAAAACUCAUGUCUGUGAAGUUUUAUUUCAUUAGUCAGUAGUUUUCUGCGCUUUGUCUCUUUUUAAUUCAUCACAUCUUUACUGAUCAAACCUCUUUUUUUUUUUUUAGUGAUAUUCAUAUUAUUUGUUAUUUCAUUAUUCUGGCAUGUGAUGCCUUCUGUAACUUUGCUUUAAAAAUAGCUGUACAAAUAAAGCUGAUUGUGAUUAUA